AUGGAAUACUCGCGCUAUAAAGCCGGCGAGGACGACGGCCGCGCCGCCGCGAAGAGCAUGGUCGAGAAGCACGCGGAGGCGCAGAAGAACGCGAUGCAGGAGGCGUGCCUGGGCGCGCUGCGACGCGCGAUGCCGGCCGCGAGCGCGGAGACGUGCCUCGCCGCGCUUCGAGGCACGGACUGGGACGCGGACAAGGCGUACCACCAGCUCAAGAGCUUCAUGAGCACGGAGAGCGGCGCCGGCGGCGGGGGGGGGGGAGGUGGGGGCCGGAAGCGGAAGAAGGCGAGGCGCGAUCGCGGCGGCUCGUCGUCGGACUCGGACGAUUCGGAUUCCGAUGGGUCGUCGUCGUCCUCCUCCUCCUCCUCCUCGCGGAGCCGCAAGAAGAGCAAGAAGAAACACAAGAAACGCGGCAAGUCGGGGAAGAAGAAAGAGAGAGAGAGCAAGAAGAAGUCUUCUAAGAAGGAGAGCAAGAAGAAGGACGGCAACAAGGAGAAGCGGCGCAAGAGAGACAGAGACGACGGCGACGGCGACGGAAAGGCGAAGAGGGCGAUGAUGAAGACGAGGGGCGCAGGUGAGACUGCUUCCCAUACGACCCCGUUCGCGUGGUGCACGCCGUUCCUUGAGGACUUUUCCCGUCGUCACUCUUCACCCGCGCUUCCCUUUCAACGUUUGACCGGACGGGGCGCCGCCGCGGGACCGGAGACGUCCUUCGGCGCGCGCGGGUUCUUGAAGGAGACGGACAAGUACGACAAAGAGGCCGAGUUCAGGGCGUGGGUGGAGGAGGUGAAGGGGAUGUCCACGGAGUCGCUUCAGAAGUGGGAGGAGCGAGAGCUGUUCAAGGAGUUCGCGGAGGAUUACAACACGUCGACGCUGCCGCACGAAAAGUUUUACGAUCUCGACAAGUGGGGCCGCGAGGAGGCUGCACGCAGGGCCGCGAGCGGAGGCGAGGAUAAGGAGGAGCGGACCGCGUUCGACGACGAGAAGGAGAGGAAGCGCGAGAUCGAGAUUGAGCGCGCGCGAAGGACCGCGGAGUAUAAGCGCGAGGCGUACGAUAAGAUGAAGAGCUCGGGGGAUCUGGAAAACUUCCGCGAGCAAGUGCGACUGAAGGAGCUCAGGACGCACGCGUACAACACCGGGGACGUGAAGACGCUCGCGAUGGUGAACAAGAAGCUCGAGCCGGAGGAGAAGAAGUAA